GAUGCGUGCAGUAAUUGACUCCGUUGCUCGUUUUAUUAGCCCGAAAAAAGUUUGUCUCUUUGACUAUGUCGAUCGUUGUUGUUGUCACUAUACCCCGCUCUUAUUGACCAUCUUUAUGCUUGUCACUGGAACUAUCGACACUUUUGGACGACCUAUUAAUUGUAUGGUGCCGUCUGAAUUCUCAGGACCUUGGGCAAGUUUUGUUCAUCAAUACUGCCAUGUCACUGGCACUUAUGUCAAAGUUCCUUCAAAGACAACAACUCUUCCUGUUGCUGAUGCUGUUGAAUAUGUUGAUGGAAGCGAAGCGCCAACAAGCUAUCUCGAUGAAAAGGAGGAACGUAUUUAUAUCAACUAUUACCAAUGGGUUCCUUUUCUUCUCAUUGGCUUAGCUGUUGGAAUGCGUUUACCGCACUUCUUGCUUCGCUUAGGACAUUCUAGUUCUGAUGUUGAUUUUUCUGUUGUAAACGAAAUUUGUGAUAAAGUCAAGACUGGACAUGCAGAAAAUCGUUUACAAAAUAUUAAUGCAGCUGCCAAUUAUAUUUUUCAGAUUGUUAAACAUCGUGGAAUGCGUGGAAUUGGCAACAAAACAAUUUUAUUUUACACCUUUUUCAAAUUGGCAAAUUUGUUGAUGGUUAUUGCUCAAAUUUUUCUUCUCAAUGUUUUUAUUGGAUAUGGGAAUCCUUUUUGGGGAAUUACAUUAGCCCGUCAAAUUCUCAUUCCGAUAGAGACAGCAACUUCUCCAGCUCAAAAUUCUUUUAUUUACUUUCCUCGCGUGUCUUAUUGUCAAUUUCAUCGUGACUUUCUUGGAUUAAUGCAGGGAGGAAUGACUCAAGAAACUCGUUGUACUCUUGGGAUUAAUAUGUUGAAUGAAAAGGUUUUUCUUAUUCUUUUCUUCUGGUAUUAUUCACUCCUUGCAAUGUCCAUUUUUGCUGGCGUUUACUAUAUGCGUUUGUGGUUUGGUCAUGCAUAUCAGGCACAUUUUGUUUCUGACUUUUUGUCGUUGGUAAAUGACCGUGAAAUUUUUGGAGAUGAUGCUACACGAAUGACUUUAGAUAGCCGUAACGUCAAACGUUUCAGUAAAAAUAUUUUGGGUUGUGAUGGUCUUUUACUUUUUCACUUUUUGCGUAAAAAUUUGGGUGAUUUGGUGGCUACUGAAGUUUGUUCUCGUCUCUAUCAACUUUUUUUGAAUGAUUUGCAACAGCAACAACGUUGUAAUGACAUUAAUUCUAUUUCGACUACACUUACGGCUAAAUAA